UCAUGAAUGAAAAAAUGGACUUAAAUGUGUCUACGAUAUGGACUCCUAGGAAAACCAUGAACAGGACACAGCCCAAUAUAGACCCAAACAUAACAUAUGUGGACUUCUACCUCCAUCGGCCAUCAGUUGCAGCAGUUUUCAUAAUUUCAUACCUAUUAAUCUUUAUCCUGUGUAUGCUCGGCAAUGGAGUGGUUUGUUUUAUUGUUCUCAGCAGCAAACACAUGCGAACAGUCACUAAUCUUUUUAUCUUAAAUCUGGCUGUCAGUGAUUUACUAGUUGGGAUUUUCUGCAUGCCCACAACAUUACUGGAUAACAUCAUUGCAGGUUGGCCAUUUGGCAACACGAUCUGUAAAAUGAGUGGCAUGGUUCAAGGAAUUUCUGUGUCUGCCUCUGUUUUCACAUUGGUGGCAAUAGCUGUGGACAGGUUUCGUUGUAUUGUUUAUCCCUUCAAGCAGAAGCUGACCAUCUCUACUGCUGUUGUCAUAAUCGCAGUGAUCUGGGUUUUGGCCAUCGCCAUCAUGUGUCCAUCUGCAGUUAUGUCACAUGUUAAAGAAGAUAAACACUUUCGAGUUGUUUUAGGCAACAGCAAUCAAACUACUCCCAUUUAUUGGUGCCGUGAGGACUGGCCUAACCCACACAUGAGAAAAAUAUAUACUACAGUACUCUUUUCCAACAUCUACCUUGCUCCACUCUCUCUUAUUGUUAUUAUGUAUGCUAGGAUAGGCAUUACUUUAUUUAAGAGUGAACUGAACGUUGAUAGUAAGAAUCACCAGCAGCAAAGGCAUGCUGUUUCCCGAAGGAAGCAAAAGGUUAUUAAAAUGCUGAUUAUUAUUGCUUUGCUCUUUAUUUUAUCUUGGUUACCUUUGUGGACACUGAUGAUGCUGUCAGACUAUGCCAACUUGAGUGAACACCAAUACCAAGUUAUCAAUAUUUACAUUUACCCGUUUGCACACUGGUUGGCAUUUUUUAAUAGCAGCAUCAACCCAAUCAUUUAUGGUUUCUUUAAUGAAAACUUCCGUCGUGGGUUCCAAGCUGCCUUCAAGCUCCAGCUUUGUUCGGAAGAGAUGGAGAGGAGAACCAUGUACUCACAUCGAGCACAAGGCAAUGCAAUUUUACCAGCCACCUCACAAAAUCAAGGGCGCCAAGAGUCAGCUUUUGAAAAGCAAAGCAGUGAUGACAUAGAAUCUGACAAACGGAAACCGCUAACAAGUGACCAGGAUUUAAUCAUGGAAGAUUUGGAGAAAAUUUCAAAUAACAAUGGGAUCCAGAAGGACAUGGUUUGAGAAAGAAACUCUUAACAGUUUAAUCAUUGCAUGUGUU